AUCGCGCUGUGUGGCGGGAGUGCCCUCUGAAGCUCCGCCUUCAUGGGCUGGUGGAGGGAGCUUUCCCGCGGAUGGGUAUGGCGAAUUGUUGGCACCUGGAUGACUAAAUCUUCAAGUUGUCAUAAAUCAAGAUCACAAGCCAAAGAGUAACAUAGGAAAUAAAAAAGACUGGAUCAUUUUAUCAGAUUUUACUGUUUCGUAUACAGAAGGCUAUAUGGGACUAUUUUGCCAGAUUCUAAAUGAUAAAAAUUAGAGCCUUGAAACCCAUAGAAGUCCAGUAUAUUCUGAGGUAAUUUGCAUAUUAAUGAGCAGCAGCAGGAGACACAUCUGGUGUACCAAAAAGACCCACUGAAAAUUAAAUGACACAACAUUCAGAACAACUGGCAGGCCCUAGGGAUUGAAUACUUCACUUGUUAUGGUCCCAGCAGGAAACAAUUCCACUCUGAGGAAAAGGCUUUAAUGAAAGGACUACCUUCAAAGAUGUGGGGAGGAACAAAGGGAAUGUGGAAAUGAAAGAGAGAGGGAGAGAGAGGCUGGCAGAUGUAAUGAGACGCGGUGAAGGUGUACGCAGACUGGCACUCCCACUCCUCCCUUCUGCUCUCACUGCAGCCCUGGGUAACUCGCAGGCUAACACAAACAGCUUUUCUCCCGCAGCCUGCCCUCUGUCACUGUCACUUUCAUGAAUUCAAAGGCAAUUUACCAGUGAUUUCUGGGUGCUGGGGCUGAUUUUUUGUCCGUAUUUACAUUCUAUAUCUUCUGAUGAGGAAAGAAAAAUGCUUCAAGAAGGACUUUGUGACCCCUCAUCACUUUGUAUAAGAGCCCAGAAGAAUGUCUUCCAAGCAAGCCACCUCUCCAUUUGCCUGUGCAGCUGAUGGAGAGGAAGCCAUGACCCAAGAUUUGACCUCAAGGGAAAAGGAAGAGGGCAGUGAUCAACAUGUGGCCUCCCAUCUGCCUCUGCACCCCAUAAUGCACAACAAACCUCACUCUGAGGAGCUACCAACACUUGUCAAUACCAUUCAACAAGAUGCUGACUGGGACGCUGUUCUGUCGUCUCAGCAAAGAAUGGAGUCAGAGAAUAAUAAGUUAUGUUCCCUAUAUUCCUUCCGAAAUACCUCUACCUCACCACAUAAGCCUGACGAAGGGAGUCGGGACCGCGAGAUAAUGACCAGUGUUACUUUUGGAACCCCAGAACGCCGCAAAGGAAGCCUUGCCGAUGUGGUGGACACACUGAAACAGAAGAAGCUUGAGGAAAUGACUCGGACUGAACAAGAGGAUUCCUCCUGCAUGGAAAAACUACUUUCAAAAGAUUGGAAGGAAAAAAUGGAAAGACUAAAUACCAGUGAACUUCUUGGAGAAAUUAAAGGUACACCUGAGAGCCUGGCAGAGAAAGAACGGCAACUCUCUACUAUGAUUACCCAGCUGAUCAGUUUACGGGAGCAGCUCUUGGCAGCGCAUGAUGAACAGAAAAAACUGGCAGCCUCACAAAUUGAGAAACAACGGCAGCAAAUGGACCUUGCUCGCCAACAGCAAGAACAGAUUGCAAGACAACAGCAGCAACUUCUGCAGCAGCAGCACAAAAUUAAUCUCCUGCAGCAACAGAUCCAGCAGGUUCAGGGUCACAUGCCUCCGCUCAUGAUCCCAAUUUUUCCACAUGACCAGCGGACCCUGGCAGCAGCUGCUGCCGCCCAGCAGGGCUUCCUCUUCCCCCCUGGAAUAACAUACAAACCAGGUGAUAACUACCCUGUACAGUUCAUUUCAUCAACAAUGGCAGCUGCUGCUACUUCUGGACUCAGCCCUUUACAGCUCCAGAAGGGUCAUGUCUCCCACCCACAAAUUAACCCAAGGCUAAAGGGCCUAAGUGACCGUUUUGGCAGGAGUUUGGACACCUUUGAACAUGGUGGUGGCCACUCUUACAACCACAAACAGAUUGAGCAGCUCUAUGCCGCUCAGCUGGCCAGCAUGCAGGUGUCACCUGGAGCAAAGAUGCCAUCCGCUCCACAGCCACCAAACACAGCAGGGGCAGUCUCACCUACCGGGAUAAAAAAUGAAAAGAGAGGGGCCAGCCCUGUAACUCAAGUUAAGGACGAAGCAGCAGCACAGCCGCUAAAUCUCUCUUCCCGACCCAAGACAGCCGAGCCUGUAAAGUCCCCAACAUCUCCCACCCAGAGUCUCUUCCCAGCCAGCAAAACCAGCCCCGUUAAUCUGCCUAACAAAAGCAGCAUCCCCAGCCCCAUUGGAGGAAGUUUGGGAAGAGGAUCCUCUUUAGAUAUCCUGUCCAGUCUCAACUCCCCUGCCCUGUUUGGAGAUCAGGACACAGUGAUGAAAGCCAUUCAGGAGGCUCGGAAGAUGCGAGAACAGAUCCAGCGGGAGCAACAACAGCAACAGCCACAUGGUGUUGAUGGGAAACUAUCUUCCAUGAACAAUAUGGGGCUGAACAACUGCAGGAAUGAAAAGAUUACUGGAGCAAAUCCCACUGAGAGAAGAUGUGCAGUGCCGCCCGGCAGGCUUCCCGGCACAGGUUUCCUUUCCUUACAGGAAAGAACACGCUUUGAGAAUUUGGGGCCCCAGUUAACAGGAAAGUCAAGUGAAGAUGGAAAGCUGGGCCCAGGUGUCAUCGAUCUUACUCGGCCAGAAGAUGCAGAGGGAAGUAAAGCAAUGAAUGGCUCUGCAGCUAAACUACAGCAGUAUUAUUGUUGGCCAACAGGAGGCGCCACUGUGGCUGAAGCACGAGUCUACAGGGAUGCCCGCAGCCGGGCCAGCAGCGAGCCACACAUCAAGCGACCAAUGAAUGCUUUCAUGGUUUGGGCGAAGGAUGAGAGGAGGAAAAUCCUUCAGGCCUUCCCCGACAUGCAUAACUCCAACAUUAGCAAAAUCUUAGGGUCUCGCUGGAAAUCCAUGUCCAACCAAGAGAAGCAACCUUACUAUGAAGAGCAGGCCCGGCUAAGCAAGAUCCACUUAGAGAAGUACCCGAACUAUAAAUACAAACCUCGACCGAAACGCACCUGCAUUGUUGAUGGCAAAAAGCUCCGGAUCGGGGAAUAUAAGCAACUGAUGAGGUCUCGGAGACAGGAGAUGAGGCAGUUCUUUACCGUGGGGCAACAGCCUCAGAUUCCAAUCACCACAGGAACAGGUGUUGUGUAUCCUGGUGCUAUUACUAUGGCAACUACCACACCGUCACCUCAGAUGACAUCUGACUGCUCUAGCACCUCGGCCAGCCCAGAGCCCAGCCUCCCAGUCAUCCAGAGCACUUAUGGUAUGAAGACAGACGGCGGAAGCCUAGCUGGAAACGAAAUGAUUAAUGGAGAGGAUGAAAUGGAAAUGUAUGACGACUAUGAAGAUGACCCCAAAUCAGACUAUAGCAGUGAAAAUGAAGCCCCGGAAGCUGUCAGUGCCAACUGAGGAGUGUUUGUUUGCUGAAUUAAAAUACUUUGACAUUUCACCUCCCCUCCCCCAACAAAAAGUUCUUAAAGAGCCCGCAUGCAUUUGUGGCUCCACAAUUACAUCAGCAGAAUGGUCUUAAUUGUUUCGUAAAGUGUGAGACAGAUUAAGUUUUUCCUGAUUUUU